AUGGCGUUCACGGUGAUUAUGUUUCUGGUAGGAACUGCCACUACCGCUGGUUUGUUACGAUUGGGUCAUUAUCUCAAUCAUAUGGGCGGACACAAAAAACUGGAGGUUGAGUGUGAUAUUUUCCAUGGCAGAUGGGAAUAUGAUCAUGCUGAUCCCCACCCUCUUUACUCUCCCCGUACUUGUCCAUUCAUACCCAACCAAUUCGACUGCCAAAGCAAUGGUCGUCCUGAUCAAGACUAUAUCAAAUAUAGAUGGAAGCCAUAUUCAUGCACCUUACCACCGUUCAAUGGUAAAAGGUUAUUACAAAGAUUCGAAGGGAAACGAAUUAUGUUUGUUGGAGACUCAGUUGGAUACAAUCAAUGGCUUUCGCUCGUAUGCAUGCUCCAUUCGGCGGUUCCAAAAGCAAGAUAUCUUCUCGAGACCAAAGGAGGCCUUUCUACACUUACCUUCCAGGCACACAAUGUCUCGGUGAUGUUUUCGCGCAAUGAUUUUCUUGUUGACAUUGUAGACGACAAAAAUGAAAGAAUCCUAAAGCUUGAUUCAAUUGGGAAUGGAGGACAACUUUGGAAGGAUGUUGAUGUGUUGGUCUUCAACACUUGGAACGAGGGGCUUCAAACUGGAAAGAAGCAAUCAUGGGAUGUCAUCGAAGAAGGCAACGCCAGGCACAAAGACAUUGACCGAUUGGCGGCUUUUGAAAAAGCCCUGACUACAUGGGCCAAGUGGGUGAACUCCAACGUGGAUCCCAAGAAAACCAAUAUUUUGUUCCAGUUCCAGGGUGUUUCCCCAGAUCAUACAAAUUCAAGAGACUGGGCAGAUACCAACGCAAAGAACUGCAAAAGACAAACAAGACCCGUGGCGGGGCAUAACUAUCCAGGAGGUCGACAUCGAGGAGAAGCUAUUCUGGACAAAGUAUUGGGCACAAUAUCCAAAUCAGUUCGUUUGCUUAACGUAACUGCACUGUCACAACUAAGAAAAGAUGGACAUCCUUCAUCCUACGGUAGCAGCAAAGGCGCCGUUGACUGCACCCAUUGGUGUCUCCCUGGGGUACCAGAUACUUGGAAUGAACUCUUAUCUGCAACUCUACUGCGCUACUAG